AUGACCAACCCGAGUGCCCAGGUUUCUUGCGCGGGAAAUUUGAAGAUGCUCCCAGUGGCGCGGCAGAUGUUGAAUGAGAACUUCCCACCCCCACUCCGCAAAGGAGUUUAUCUGGUUUCUUUUGCUCUGGGAGCUUUGGAUUUUCCCCCAUCUUGGCGGGUCUGGUCAGUUGUUAGUGAACGGCGAGGGCAGCACCCCCUAUCGGCGGCUGAAGACGAGAUUCCAGUCUGGUCUUCAACUCUGGGGAAAAUGGGUGGGGCAGACACCGCUUCUGCAUUCCUGGAGCUGUGGAGGGCCACAGAGGGGUGUGGGGUUCAGGAGAGGUUCCUGGUGGAUGGGAAUGACCGGCUGAAGCUGGUGGUCCUGCUCUGUGGGGAGGAUGAUGACAAGGUACAGAAUGCGGCCGCUGGAGCCCUGGCCAUGCUGACAGCAGCGCACAAGAAACUGUGCAUCAAGAUGACCCAAGUGACAUCCCAGUGGUUGGAGAUCCUGCAGCGGCUUUGCCUGCAUGACCAGCUGUCAGUCCAACACCGGGGCCUGGUCAUCGCCUAUAACCUGCUGGCAGCCGAUGCUGAGCUGGCCAAGAAGCUGGUGGAGAGCGAGCUGCUGGAGAUCCUGACCGUGGUGGGCAAACAGGAGCCGGACGAGAAGAAGGCGGCUGUGGUUCAGACGGCCCGGGAGUGUCUCAUCAAGUGCAUGGAUUAUGGCUUCAUUAAGCCAGUGUCAUAGACAAGGGCCUCCAGGGGCACUGAGGCUGGUUCUGUAUUGUGUCAAGUCCUGCGCUGGGUACUCCCAGACUGUCAGUUCAUCUGGGGAUCGUAGCAGUGACAAUUAAUUUUCAACAUAAAGGAAAAUGUUUGUUUCCUGAGUUGUUCCCACUUGUCCUAAGAAAGUUUGGGUGUUUCUGGCUCUCUUGCUCCCUGCCUUCUUACGUGUGUCAUGAUCUAGAAGUUCCUGGAAUAAUCUCCAUCUGUAAUUAGAAGACAGAUUGGAUAAUUUUUUUUUCUGCACCCAUUCUGAAGGUCAGGAUAAUGGCCUGAAGUUCUUUCUAUUUUGGAAAAUGAAUUGUGCAGAAGGUAGGAACUAACAGACGUGUGACUAUGAGGAUUAAUGCUGUUGUAUUUGGAUUCUGGCUUGUGCUGGUUUUUAUACACUCUCCCCACACUGUUGGAUCAGGCUGUCCACAAGUGCUUUUUCACCUGCAGUGCCCUGUCCCAGCCCUGUGCCCCUUCCCUUCAUCCCCCGUUGAUGGAAGUGUAGUUUAUGUCGGGCACAGGGGCAUCAUCCUUGAGAUUUGCUUGGCAAAGUCUUCCAAGCAAGAUAGACACAGUGAAUAUAAAUAAAACUCAAAGUACUUUAAGCCAAAAUUAAAUUUAUCUUGGCCGCCCAGGGAAAGGCCUGACAUGGUUGUUAGAUCCAGUGGUUCAACGUUGUCACCAAUAUUAUUCUCUGGGGGGGGGGGUCUUUUUCUCCCUCUCAUCUCCCCACCCCAUAUCUUGUCUUGAAUCCUCUGGGGUUUGACCUCAUUCUCUGAGAGGCUCUCUCCGUGCGGGAGGAAUAAUAAGUUUCCAGCAGCUCCAGACUUACAUAGUUGUUAUGGUUUAUUACAGUAGAGAAGAAAAGGACCAUUUUCAGUAACCCAGCAAAAUUCCCAGCAAUGAGUAGGAUGUCCAGCUUGGGUUGUAUUUCCGUCCGUGAGCCAAUCCUAUCCAGAGGUGACUGCUCAUUGCCAGGCUCAGGUCAUAUCAGUGAGUCUGGGAUGAGAAGGAGCUUCAUUCCUGUCCAAUUGACAUGGAUGGAUCAGGGUUCCUAAAGAAUGGGAAGAGACGUGUCACCACAGAAGAAUGUUAUGAUCAAAGAACGUGCUCUGGAUGUCAGGCCUAGCCACAGAAGAAUGACACAAGCAGGGUGCUUGUAGAUGUGACUUUCUCUAUGAAUAUUGCCUUCCCAGCAUGGCUGAGACCUCUGUGAUGGAGUGCUGUCUUCCAGUAUGUCCCAGUUCCAUCCACAUUUAUUGAAAGGUCAAUGUUUUUGAUAAUCAGCAUUGGGUAGAAGGUAGGGCUUUGAGAUUUAUGGCUCUUGAUGAAAAUUAAAAUUACUUUGGUACAUUAAAUAUAAUUGUAAACAUCUUUGGAAAAUCACCUGAAAAAGAUACAGACAGAUUGCUGGAAAGUUGCACCAUUAGGAUUGGGUCAAAUUUUAACAUAAUUUCACCUCCAAGAGAACAGGUGCAAACAUCAGGAGAACUGAGACCUUCAGAUCUUCUCUGUACUAACAACCCUCACGUACACCUUCCCAGCGCUUACGUGAGCUUGCACAGCAGAAACCAUUCUCGUCAUGUCCUUCUUAUUCUGACAGAGAAUGGCAGUCAUUGAGGUGUGGUCCUUUUGAAAAUAUAUACAACAUUUUUUAGUAAUAAAUGGUGUGAUUUGA